UUUUGAACUUCGGACCAGUACCACCAUCGUUCUUGCGAAUUUUCAUGCAGAUGUCGGAUUACGAUUAUUUCGGUCACUCCCACUGGAACGACUUCUAUCAGCUACCCAUCGAGGACGGUUUCAUCAUUGACCCGUAUUGGAUCGACUACUUGUGGAGAAUCCUCCAAUUCGAAAAUCCUUAUUCGUAUCAUGCUGCCGAGAAGUUUACAUUCAUAGCCAUCGAGUUGAUUGAUCUUGUCUGGUCGCCCUCUUUUUGCGAUAUUCUCGUCUGGCCGUUCACCCGCCCAUAUAUCACGAGAGUUCUGUGCACUGUCGACACUAUGCUUGACUCUAAACAACAUCUCAAUGAUGCCUACUAUGGGCUCAUUGGCGAUAUCUCUACAGAAAUCGAUUCUGGUACUGGGGUUUUCAGCGCUAGUCUUCGGAAGCGAUGCAAAGCAGCUGGUUUGAUCAUCGGACGUGAGACGCAGAGGCUAGAGAGCAUAAUGUAUAAGCAGCUCAAGGUUAACGAGAACAUCAUGUUCGAUUUUUGUACUAACGUUCACAUAGGUCUUCUACCCGACGGGCUUGUGUGACAUUUACACCUAUCUCUACAUAUGCUGCGCGGGGUUGUGCUUGACACUUACCCUUCCAGUGACCGUUGCGCCGCUGUUCUUUUCCAUCUCUGAAGAGUUACCAAUUCGUGUCCUUUGUUUAAUCUAUCUCUUAGGCCUUCUGGCAUAUCAGGGUAUAUUCUUAUUCAUUCAAGUUACAGUGUUCACAACCCAUGUUGUUCCGGAACUCAAGCAAAUGCAUACCUGUUCGACAUUGCCCAACAUAUUCACACGUUGCAUGUU